AUGCUGCGGCGGGGCCUUUUACAUUUGGCGCGUGUCUUGUCGGCGGAUGCGUCGCUGGUUUCGCUGCCCCCAAACGUGCAGCGCUGCGAGGUGUUCCGGAAUGUCUUGUCACUCGAUGAGGAGGAACUUAUCUACGCCGAGCUCGGCCGUGUUCUGCAACGCGAAGGACAGACGACCAUCUGGAGGGGGUCUACGCCAGAAGACAAGGUCAUCAAGCAUGUGUAUCUGGAGAUGUUUGGCACAGAGAAGGAGUUCACGGAAGUAAAGAACUGGCAGAAGAAGGAGGUGCGCCACCUACCGGGGCUGCUGUGGUCGCCGACACUUCUACGCGUAUUAAUGGAUGUGGCACCGCCGUUGAUUGGCGGCAUGCCGGAUACCGCACGGGUUGUGGAACAUCACGUCCCCGGCUACGAGAUGCACGUUGAGCAUCCCACCGUUGGCACCGGCUUCCUUUAUUUCAAUUUGCUGAGUGACACCGUGUUGGACUUUGAUGACGAGAGCACCGGCCGGCGCGGGCAGGUGCUGCUGCCGGCUCGCGCGCUCAUGUGUGCCUCCGGCGAGGCGCGCUGGGGCUUCCGCUUUGGCGAGAAGACAGAGGAGAUGCACACGUACGUUUUGGCCAACGGAACUAGCAUACGGGUGGAGACCGACAUGCGCCUCAGCGUGCAGGUGUGGAAGCUCAACUCCAAUCUCCUCGACGGGCGUCUCUUGCAGGAGCGGCUCGAAGACAGCCUGGAGAUGGCCGCUAAGCGACUUUCAGAGGAGGCUGCUAAGCGUCGUGAGCUAGAGAAGGGCCCCGAAGAGGCGGCGACAGCGCUGCAGCCGCCUGACGUACAGACCCCCUCCCUCACCACGGCUGUCGAUCCGCAGCGCCCGCUUGACCUGUUCUUGGCCGCGGCAAUGGAGAGCGUAUCCGGCAAGGGGGUGCUGGGCGGUGACCUGGCACAAUCGGAGGGCGGCUUGGCGUCCGGCCAGGCAGGUGCCAAGAAGACGAUGGGGGACAUUCGACAAAACUACGGACAGUACAAGCAGCAGUUCUCUAAGGCGUACAAUAUACUGCAGGACAUGAAGGUGAUGCAGGACUCCGGGCAGCCCAUCAACGACCUCUGGUUGAAGCAAAAGAUAACAGAGUCGUCGUCUGUGGACGCGGAGAAGGACUGCCAAGACGGCUUCAACCCUUCCAACAUCGAAGAAACGUGGGAUAACGUCGACGCCAAGGCGCGCUUCUAUAAGGCGAAGCUGAAGAUGAUGGACUACGACGGCACCGCCUUCCUUAACUCGCGCAUGCCUGAUAUUUCGCAGGACGCACCGCUCGACAUGCGCAGCACCAUUCGCAAGAUGGCCCCCCACGUCAAGGAUGGCGACAAGAUCCUCGCCAGUCUCCCGAACUCCAGCUGA